AAAAAGUUUAAAGUGUGAAGAAGAAAAAAAAUCAGAAUUAACAUAAAAACGUUAUAAAAUUAUUGAAGCUGGUUUCUUUUUUGAAACGCGAACCAGUUUUAAAUGAUUUUUUUUUAAACUAUUAAAAAGCAAAAUAUAUUUGAGUUUUGUUUUAAUAUAAGUGUUAACAAAAAUCAACAACCAGAAUAGAUUUUAAAACCUAAAACAAAAAUUUACAUAAUUUAUUUACAUAUUGAAUACUAAAAAUAUAUAAAUACAAUAUACAUAUACAAAACAACAACAACAACAAUCUACAUUUAAAAAAUAUAUAUAAAAAAAAGAAAACAAAAACAAAUAAUUUGUCUCCCCCUACUUUGGGUCUUUAUUUUGUUUUGUUCACUGUAUGAUGGUGUUUAGACAUUGUUUUAUUUAAGUGUGGGGUAUGCGUAGAGCAUAGAAGUUUAACACAAAUAUAACAGCAACAACAAUAAUAACAGUGGUAGCAAAAUAAUAUUGCAUAAAAUAAAAAGAAAAACAUAUUAAUAAAAUAAUAAAACAUACAACAACAACAUCAACAAAUAAAUACAUAUUUGUAUUAAUAACACAAACAAACACAAACUAAAUAAAUUAAUAUAAAAAUGUUAUAAAUUUGUUUUAAACUAAAUAGAUACAAAUAAUAAUUUUGUUUACCUUUUUUAUAAAAAAAACAAAAAUAUUGAACAAAUUAUUGUGAAAUUCAAAUAAAAUAUUAAAUCUACAAAGAAGCAGUUGGUGAAAUUUUGGAAACCCUUUUUUAUCUUUUUGUGGAUUUUAAUUCACCUUAUUUCAACUUUUUGUUAAAGUUUGUGCAACAAACCAGCAGCCCUAAAAGUAGUUUCGCUUUCAAAUAAAAGACCUCCUAAGAGGUCAAGCCCCAAAUAAAUUGCGGGUGGGCUUAACAACAAACAUAACGGAAAACAGCAAAAGGCUUUGGUUCCAAAAAGCCCCAGCACACAACAUAAAAAUAAAGAGUUUUGCAAUAAACUCUUUAAAUUUUAAAAUACAAUGACAGAAAAUCAAUUAUUUCCCAUGUCGACAGAAUUAUUCGACACCUCUUCCAAUAGCAGUAAUCCACUGAAAUACGAUUUGUAUUCGUUGGGUUUAACAAGCAGCGUAGGAUCGGCCACAGCAUUAUUUGCAGCCACUUUUACGAACACAAGCAACGGCGGAGGUAUUGGCACAAAUUCUCUAUUCACACCAACCAACAACAACAACAGCAGCAGUAGUAGUGGCAGUGGUGGUAAUAGCGGUAGUAAUGUUAUGCUAACGAAUGCCAUCAGUAUACCACGUAGUAAUAAUCCAAAUCAAAGUCAUAAUCCCUAUCAAGACGAGGCACACCAUCAUCCCACCAGCAGUCCAUUUCUUAGUCAUUUAUUGCAUCAUCAGCAACAGAAUCUUCAGCAGCAACAGCACCAGCAACAUAUGAAUAGCAUGAUGUCUUCUUCAGCCAAUAUGCAGCAGCAGCAACAACAACAGCAGCAACAGCAACAAAAUCAGCAGCAACAUAAUGGUUUGUUGUCUGAUUAUUCCGAUUAUGCUUUGGAUGUUCUAGAUGCUUCUUUGUCGCCUUCACUGCUGCAAGAUGUCAGCUUAAGUGCUGCUGCCGCCUCACAGAGUCUUAAUUCCGGACAGAAUUCUAGCGCCUCCCUAACAUCACCCUUCUACAAUCAAGAUCCUUCAUCGCCUCUUAGUAAUAACAACGGUUCAGUGGGUAGUAAUGGCGCUGGCAGCGGCAGUAGUGGCAGUGGUAACUCCAAUAAUCUAAAUAUGUCCACUUCUACUGAUAUAACUGGGGUGGUUACCUUUCUCAAUUCCACCGCCAAUGCAGAUGAUUCCUCAUCUCUGAUGUACGACUCAAAUCUGGCCACCAAUUCCAUGUGGAGCGAUAUAGGCAGUGCUAUUUCCACCAAACACGAACCCUUUUCCAUAGACGAGAAUUAUAUCUUUCCGCUGGAUAAGACGGAUGUAAAUAAUACGGCUUUUGGGGAUUUUGAAGGUGAUAUAGGCAAUUUAGAAGAUAUAGGCAACUUGGAGGACUUUUUACCGUCGUCGGGUUCUCAUGAUGAUGGUGGUCACUCGUUUCAUUUAUUAUCACCGUCUUUGCAUGCAGCCGCACAAUCUAGUACGCCUUCGCCGGGUAUGGGACCACCCAUGGAACUCUUGCAACAACAGCAACAGGAACAACAUCAACAGCUACAACAAUUCUCGCAAUUACAAUCGAUGCAGAACUCUAAUGCGGGCGGUGAAGGAGGUAAUGGCAACGGCAACUCCAACCAAACAAAUGCAAUGCAAAUCCAACAGCAGCAGCAGCAACAACAACAAAAUCAUCAAAGUUCCUCUAGUCCAUAUGAAAUUUAUCACAGUACACCAAAUAAACAUCAAUUACAGCAACAACAACAACAACAACAACACAAUAGCAACUUUUCACCCGGUAGUCUACCUUCUCAUUCACCUUUACAAAUGAAUUCCAUAACGCCACCACCACCUCAUGCCAAUCGUUCACAAUACCAACAGAGUCAGGUUAAGUCACGCAACAUGCAAGAGCUGCUGAAAAAAGGUUUCUCCAUAUCACCCGAUCGCAACAAUUCGUCUGCACUGUUGGGCCACUCGGUACCCGCUAACCAUGGUCUCCUAAUGACCACCAAUGCUUUGAGUCCCAGCAGUGGCAGCAGUGGUUUUGGUAGUACAAAUGGUGCCAACAUUAGUUCAGCAUCCUCGAAUGCUCCUGUGAUAAGCGUGAAUAGUGCUCGCAAGCAAUUCUAUCAGGCCAAUGAACAAGGCAACACAAUAUCCAGAUUAUCCUCGUCGGCGCCCACACAUUUAGGACCCGCCGACAUUUGGAUGCGUAGAGAACCAAGACAGCAUUUACUUUCUACCAGUUCCUUGGCCGAAGCCGAGUCAUUCUCAUCCCUGAGUACCGCCAGUGUUUUGUCACCCGAUGGCCAUGACUACUCGCAAGAUGAUGACGAUGACAUUUCAACCGAUUACAAUAGUGAUCACUAUGACGACUGCUCCUCGGACAAUGGUUCCGAUAAUGAAGAUGAUAGUUCCACCCUACAUGGCCGUUCGAAUUCCACGAGUAGUAACCAAUUGUCCUCAUCAAAAGGUAAAGAGAGAUUCUUUUGGCAGUACAAUGUACAGGCCAAAGGACCCAAAGGCAAACGUUUGGUGUUCCAGUCGAAAUUGGAAGAUCCUCAUAUUUUGAAUGAGGUCACCGAUCCGGUAUUUAGUCCUAAUUGUUCUGUUAGAGGCAUAAAGGUGUAUAAGCAUAGUGGCAAAGCACGCAAAGGUGAUGGCAAUGACUUGACUCCUAAUCCUCGUAAAUUACACAAUAUAGGCAAAGAACUAGAUCGUUUAAGUCGCACCAUUAACGAUAUGACUCCCGUGUCCGAACUGCCCUUCAAUGUGAGACCCAAGUCACGCAAAGAGAAAAAUAAACUGGCUUCGCGGGCCUGCCGUUUGAAAAAGAAGGCUCAACAUGAGGCCAAUAAAAUUAAGCUGUAUGGUUUGGAAAUCGAGCAUAAACGUUUAAUAAAUGCUAUUAGCGAUAUUAAACAGAAUCUUGCUUUGAAAUAUCGCAAACAAAAUGUGGGCGAAAAUGCCGAGGAUGUGGAACAACAAAUUGAAAGAAUUUAUAAACAUGCUAUAGGAGGUUUAGCUAUUGCUGGCGGUAGCACCGAUUUUGUAAAUAAAGUUUUGGAAAAUGUGAAAAAUGGCCAACCCACAGGUGGUUUGGAAGAACUCAGAAAUACCUAAACAUUUAAAAACGACUUUAAAAUUAAAAAAAAAACGAAA